AUGGCUAUUCAAAAGAUUAUUGAAAAUCUUGGCAUCACAGAUUAUCUUAUCUUUUUCUUCCUAAUCUUACUUAUCUAUAUUUUUAACUUUUAUUAUAAAUACUUAAUUCGUCCUAAUCCACUUCCUGGUCCGUUGCCUUUACCAUUCAUUGGAAACCUUCAUAAUGUCGCCUAUGAUUUGAGAUUGUUCUAUGAUAAUUGUAGAUCUAAAUAUGGAGAUAUUUGUGAAAUAAUGUUUGAUGGACGUAGAUGUAUCGUUAUCUCGCGACCAGAAUAUAUUGAAAAACUUAUGUCUCAAACAAUUUCAAUGAGGUUACCAUAUUUGCAGGGUCUAGAUGAAAUUGGAUUACAUGGACAUGGAAUCGGUUGCAAUGAAGUUUAUAAGAGUUGGAAAUAUAAUAGGCAAUUCUUUACUCAGGCUUUACUGACUCCCAAAUUUAUGGAUACGGCUGUAAAAUCUACAAAUAAAUUGUUUGAAGAAAUGAACGAAUAUUGGAAGUCACUUGGAAUGCAAAAUUCUUUAAUUUGUGAUAACGAUAAUAUAGCCUUCGAAACUGAUUUUUCUGAAUGGUUUCAUGCAUUUUCAAAUGAUAUUGUUUCAUUAAUAGUUACAGGAGAACGUACAUAUUCAAUUGCUUCCUGCUACAAUAAGCAAAGCUGUGUCAAGUCUGAACAACCCGAUGCGUUGGUUGAAGAUGGUGAUAAAUUCGUCAAAGCAAUAAUAAAACACGUUGAAGGUAUUACAUUAUUCAUGUUUGUUGGUCCGUUCUUGAGGCAUUACGUUCCAAUAAUCAAAGAUAUGGCCAAUUCUUACUUAAAAAAUCGUGAUUAUAUAUAUGACAAAUUUGAUUACAUAAUCAAAAAAAGAAGAAAAGCUAUUGAAGAAAUGCCAGUGGGUGCAGAAAUGAAAACUGAUAUGCUAACUUCCUUAAUCAUUGCAAACACUGAAAAGGAUACUGCUAAUGUAAAAACAGUAAAUGGUGAGAUGUUUGAACCUAUGGUUGAUGAAGAGAUUAGAAGUAAUUUGAUAGAUGCUUUAUUGGGUGGAACAGAUACUACUGCUAACGUAUUUUGCUAUAUAACUUACUGUCUUUGUAAGCAUCCAAAUGUAAAACAAAGAAUGAUUUCAGAAAUUGACUCAGUAUUCUCGAAAUCUCCUAAUAAAAACUACCUAUCAAGUGAUGAUCUCUCAAAACUAAAUUAUUGUGAAGCUAUAAUCAAAGAAUCCAAUCGUAUAUUUCCGAUUGCAACUUUUAUUACUCGUUAUACUAAUGAGGAGUGUGAAGUUGCAGGAUAUAAAUGGGCUGCUGGUACAUUGUUUCACUUAAAUGCUUCGGGGGUACAUGGUCACCCUGAUGUUUGGCCUAAUCCCAAAGUUUUUGAUCCGGAUAGGUUUUAUAAUAAUGAUAAGGUUAAUAAAAAAUCUGAAAAUAAAUAUUCAUUGAUAAUGUUUGGUGGUGGUCCACGAAUCUGCCCUGGAAGAAAGUUAGGAACGUGUGAGCUGCUUUUAUUAAUGGCAUUAGUUUAUAGGUAUUAUAACGUUGAGUUAGUGAACAUCAAUGAACAAUUAAAAGUCAUUGCCUCAGCAACUAAUUAUGUUCAAAAUUUGAAAGUUAGAAUUAGUCCUCGAAUUUAA